AUGUUACCUGAGGGCCCGAUAGUUGACGAAAAGUCCUUUAGUGCUCGGCAGUCCAAACAGAACCCACCGGAUUGGUCAGCAGAAGCGCAAGAAGCCUACAAGCUUCUAGUCGAGUGCGGUCGCGACCUCACCAACAAUGCAUCAUCACGUUCUAGUCCCACUAUUGAUGAUUUAAAACGAGUUACUGUAAUCGAAAAGAAGCCGGCGACAGUGUCGCCGGCGCCGGAGAGACCCGCCAUACCGCCUCAUAAUCAGGGAAUCGGAAGUAUAAACGAGGGUGUAGAGGAUGUAACAAGCUACUCACCACAGAAACGGGUUCAUAUCAUCGAAACAAAGCUGCUAACGACGAAGUCGACGGAUGAGGAACGAGCUCCUCCUGGUCUCCCGCCAAAGUUCGACCAAAAACCACCACCAUGUAGGCCUCCAAAAACUCGUAAUAUUCCCGUAGUUAUGAAUGGUCGUUCGAUAAACUACGAUAACUUGAAUGGGAUUGGAGCUGGUCGGGCACCUCCUCCCGUUCCGCCAAAGCCCAAAAUGAACAUUGUACGACCAACUUCCAUGUCGCCACCACCGCAAACAAAUCAACUGGCAAUCGAGAAGGAUUCACCCGGCUUCGCACCAUCUAUCACUCGUGGCAGCCUGUUCACUGCUGCGAAAAAGGAGGAGGUGAUAAAGUUCUAAAC